AUGGCCGUGACUAUGGAUCCGAAACCAAACAAGCUGCGAGAGAAUGUCAUCUUAAAGUUCAGAAACCUGAGGGUAGAUGGAGAAAAGAAAUGCAUGUUUUGGAGUGGCUUCGGUGAAAGCUCAGACGGAUUUUCAGAGAGUGGAUGCCAAGUCGUUACAUCGAAAAGCAACUCAGAAGAAACAGUUUGCAGCUGCAAUCAUUUGACUCAUUUCGCUGUACUAGUUGACUACAACGGUAUCCCAGGGCUCACCAAAGAGGACGAAACUAAUCUGGAAAUUAUCACCUACGUGGGAUUAAGCCUUUCCAUUGUUGGGAUACUUUUGACAAUUAUUCUAUAUUCCUUCCUCACAGAUGUUCGUCAGCCUCUGUCUCAAAUACGAUUGAGUCUUUCUGUGUCCCUUGGAGCUGGACAAGUGAUCUUUCUCGCGGGUGUAAACGCCACAGAAAAUACGGCUUCGUGUAUUACGGCUGCAGCUCUCAUGCAGUAUUUUCUGAUGGCCGCUUUCUGUUGGAUGCUGGUCGAGGGGUUUUAUCUUUACCUGUUGGUUGUGAAAGUUUAUAACAUCAGCGAAAAAAUGCUCAUGUAUCACGUUAUGUCAUGGGGUUUGCCCAUCAUAAUGGUAGGAAUUUCGCUAUGCAUCGCCGCUGGAAAAGAUGGAAUAGGAAGUUAUACCAAUGAUAAAUAUUGCUGGCUCUCCUCAACUAACAACCUGAUCUGGAUAUUUGUCGCAUUUGUGGCGUUUAUGGAAGUUCUAAACAUUUUUGUACUCGUCCGAGUCAUAAAGGAGAUGAACGAACUAAUACAACCAACAGGGGAAGACAACCAUACUCAGCAAAUACAACUUUGCUUCAAAACAUGCGCGGUGAUGAUUCCACUCCUGGGUGUCACGUGGGUAUUCGGUCUUUUGUUACCAUUACACAAAGCUUUCGCCUACAUUUUCACCAUCUUCAACUCUACUCAGGGUUUCCUGAUUUUCGUCUUUCACUGUGUGCGAGACAGCCGGAUUAGAGAGAGAUUGAAAAGAAAGAUGAACACCACUUUUCCAUCUACAGACAAUGGACGUUCUGCAAAGAAGAGUUCGCAGGUUAAUCCAAGAGAUGUCGGCAAUGCUUGGGCAGUUGAAUUGCAGUCGUUUCAUGAAUAGCAAUAUAAUAUACCCCUUCU